AUGGGGUGGAGUUCUGCGCGAAGCCUGGGUAGGGGUGUCCAGCGCCCCCUUCCUGCAGCUCAUUGCUACCAGGGGCCCCUAAACGCCCUGUACAAUGGGUCAGAGGUCCCCACAAGGUCAUGGUCUGGGGGGUGUGGAGUUCACCCCCUUCCUUGGGGGCUUCUGCCUCUUCUUCCAGGCAGCCCUCCAGGCAGCCUUGGGCCACUUCAGUGCUACGGAGUAGAACCAUUGGGCGACUUGAACUGCUCAUGGGAGCCUCUUGGGGACCUGGAAGCCCCCAUCAUACUGCACUUCCAGAGCCAGAAAUAUCAUUCCUACAAGACCCAGGCUGUGACGGUGCCCACCGGGCAGAGCUGGGUGGCCAUCCCGCGGACACGGUUCACCAUGUUUGAUAAACUCCUGGUCUGGGGGACCGAGGCGGGCCGGCCUCUCUGGUCCCCAGUCUUCGUGGACCUGGAGACCCGACUGAAACCAAACACCCCCUGGCUGUCCCCGGAUGUGGGCUUCUCAGACGCUGACCCUCUGGAUGCCACCAUUCACUGGACACCACCCACGUGGCCCUCCCAUAAAGACCUGUUGUGCCAAUUCCGCUACCAAAGAUGCCAGGAGGAGACCUGGACCUUGGUGGAACCAGAGCUGAGCAUGUCCCUGGCCUCCGUGGAGAUCCAGGACCUGGAACUAGCCAGCAGCUAUGAGGUGUCCGGCCGCUGCCGGGUGCAGACAGAGGAGGAUCUGUGGGGCGAGUGGAGCCCCCCUCUGUCUUUCCAGACACCUCAGUCCGCUCCGAAGGACGUGUGGGUAGCAGGGAUCCUCUGCGGGACCUCCAGCGGACAGACACCCCAGCUUCUGUGGAAGGCCCCGGAGUCCUGUGUGCAGGUGGCCUAUGUGGUCCUGUUCUGGGCUGGAGGGCAGACGCUGACCCAGGAAGGACUCCCCUGUUGCAACACCUCCAUCCCCACCUGGGCUGAGGGGGCAAGUGUGUCCGCUGUCAAUGCCUCUAGCUGGGAGCCUCCCACCAACCUCUCUCUGCUCUGCUUGGCCCCAGGCUCCGCCCCCCGCAGUGUGGAGGUCCGCAGUAUCCCCGGGCGCCCAGAGCUGCUGGUGACCUGGCAACAGGGCUCCGGGGAGACACAGGAGCACGUGGUUGACUGGGCUCAAGAUGGGGACCCCUUGGAGAACUUCAACUGGAUCUGGGUUCCCCCCGGGAACCUCAGUGCUCUGUUACCAGGGACUUUCACGGGCGGAGUCCCCUAUCGAAUCACAGUGACCGCGGUUUCCCCUUGGGGCUUGGCCCCUGCGUCUUCAGUCUGGGGGUUCAGAGAGGAACUGGCACCCGUAGCAGGGCCAGCGCUAUGGCGACUCCCCGAUGACCCCCCUGGGACCCCUGCCAUCGCGUGGGGCAAGGUCCCCAGGAGCCAGCUCCGGGGCCACCUCACCCACUACACCGUGUGUGUUCGGAGCGGAUCCAGGCCUCCCGUCUGCAAGAAUGUGAGUGGCAGCACCCAGAACAUCACCCUGCCUGACCUGCACUCGGGUCCCUGCGAGAUAUGGGUGACCGCUUCCACCAUCGCGGGACAGGGCCCACCCGGUCGCCCCAGCCUCCAACUUCACCUACCCGAUAACUCCCUGCAGUGGAAAGUCCUGCCCGGUGUCCUGUUCCUGUGGGGCGUGUUCCUACUGGGCUGUGGCCUGAGCCUGGCCACCUCGGGAAGGUCCCUCCCGCUGUGGCACAAGGUCCUGCCCCGCUGGGUCUGGGAGAAGGUUCCUGAUCCCGCCAACAGCAGUUUUAGCCAGCCCCACGUGGAGGACGUGCCCCAGGUCCAGCCCCCCCAGGACUCACCUAUCCUGGAAGUAGAAGAGAUAGAGCCACAGCCGGUGACCGAGGACCCCAGGGCUGCCACUCCAAUCGACUCUGGAUAUGAGAAACACUUCCUGCCCACAGCCGAGGAGCUGGGCCUUCUGGAACCCCACAGGCUGCAGGUUCUAGCCUGAACCUUACCCCAGCCUGGGGGCUGCAAACCAGGCUACAACUGUGGUCACACAGGAUGCACCCCAGCCCUGGACUGGCUGUCUCGACAGAUGCAAACACUGAGGCUCAGAGAGGCUGAGUCACUUUCCUGAGGACACCCAGCCCUGAAGAACUGGGAUGGAAGAACUCCCUACAGAGAAGGGCCUGACCCCAGUAGGGAGUACACGGAUGGAUAAGAGACUGAAGAGAAAUAAAUGAAAAUGUGAGUGACAGCUGUCUGGCAAAACCUGUCCUUCUGCUGUAACAGAACUGCACUUGGGCAUAGUCCCAGCCUCCCUUGCAGCUGGGUGGACUGAGUUCUUGACAACGAAUAUGGGCAAAAGGAACAUGUGUACCGCUGCGGGGUCUGUGUAGACCUUACAGGACAGAGUGGGGGCUUCUCCACACGCUCCUCCCUUUCCUGGAAUAUACCCGUACUAUGACAGCUUUGGUUAGCCCCAAGUAGGAAGUGGGGAGAGAAAUGAAAAGUGGAUCCCUGAAUGACCCCAUGGAUCAGAGCUGCCUAGAGAAAUAAACUUUUUUUUUUUGGUUUAUA